CUUGGAUUGGACAAGAAACUUUGACGCGCUGUCAGCAGUGUCUUCAAAAUGUGCCAUCCUUGUAAAUAUGGGAAGCACCUCAGUGAAAGUAGACAGUUGGGACCAGAACGACCCUCAUCAGGACUAGAGACACAAUGAGUCCGUUCAUCUGCAGUCUGAUCUACGGCCUCUCGGUCUUGCUGGUAGAAGUUUGUGGGACUUAUGUGGACCCUGCCCAAGUGGCGGCGCAAAGUUAUGCGCAAAGAAGGACUGUUGCCCGUCCACAGUUCCCACCACAGAGAACUCUAAACCCUGCAGCACAUGGUGUUAACUACAGGUAUAAUGGGUAUCACUACCACCCCCGUCAGCCACAGCACCAUCUGCGCUACCACCAGCAGCCUCCAAACCUCCAGCAGCUGCCGCCAAACUACCGCCAGACACCCAGGACGUACACGCCGGUGCUCCACCAUCGACCCUUUCCCCCUUUCUCCCCGCCGGUGGUGUACCAUCGGCCGUAUCCCCUCUCCCCACCGCUGACACACCACCAGCCCCCCGCCCCUACCCCCCCGGUGGUGUACCAUCGCUUCAAAGGCCCCGUUCAUCCAGGGGUUCACCACUAUUAUCAAAAGCCAGCUCCCCAUUUUAAGGUUGUAGCGCGUCCACCGGCUUGCCAAUUGCCCCUUGUCAGGCCACUGGUGACUGCCAAGCCAACUACAGUUCCCAUAGCGCCCGUCACUAAUCCUCCUCCAACGCCCACCCCAGUGCUAGAGACACUUACUCUGCCAGCGGCCACGGUCCCCCUGGAGACUAGCCCCCAACCAACGACCACCCUGGCCCCGGCGACUCCUCCGCAAACGACCCUGGUUCCAUCAGAGCUACCGGUCAGUACCCAAAGUGGAACCAUCACCUCCAUCAGGGCUGUGGAGACAGCCACUGACAGUCAGUGCAGGAGCCGCCCGCUAGAUCUGGUCUUCAUCAUCGACAGCUCUCGCAGUGUGCGGCCAAUGGAGUUCGAGAAGGUCAAGAUCUUCCUGGCCGACAUGGUGGACACUCUGGACGUGGGGCCGGACGCCACUCGCGUCGCCGUGGUGAACUACGCCAGCACGGUCAAGAUCGAGUUCCUGCUGAAGGACCACCCGGACAAGGUGACCAUGAAGCAGGCCAUCACCCGGAUCGACCCCCUGGCGGCGGGAACCAUGACGGGCCUGGCCAUCAAGAAGGCCAUGGACGAGGCCUUCACCGAGGCGUCGGGCGCGCGGCCCGCCUCCAAGGGCAUCACCAAGGUCGCCAUCAUCGUGACGGACGGGCGCCCUCAGGACCAGGUGGAAGAGGUGUCGGCCGCCGCCAGGGCCUCUGGGAUUGAGAUCUACGCCGUGGGGGUGGACCGGGCGGACAUGCAGUCGCUGCGGCUAAUGGCCAGCCAGCCGCUUGACGACCACGUGUUCUACGUGGAGACCUACGGAGUCAUCGAAAAGCUGACCUCCAAGUUCCGGGAGACACUGUGUGGUCUGGACCCCUGCUCCAUGGGACACGACUGCGAGCAUAUAUGCCUGAACAGCAUCUCCUCCUAUUACUGCCAGUGUCGGGAAGGCUAUUUGUUGAACGCGGACAAGAAAACAUGUUCCUUGAAACAGGUUAAAGCUGUUGUGAUCCAGGACCCCUGCAAAUGUGAGGCUCGCCUGGCCUUCCAGAAGCAGACUCAAAAUUCCCUUCAGGACCUUACUGCUCGACUCGCUGAAGUCACCAGGAAGGUGGAACAGCUGGAACUCACACUGGGCCAUGUCUAGACACAUGAAGAACGAGAGUUAACUUGGUCUGCUGAGCAUUCAACUGACCAUCACAUCUGAGGGAUCACUGCCAUCCAGCCAUCCCUGUAUUUACCUCUUGUCUCCGGAAAAGACCUCCUGUGCCCAUGCUCCCUCUAAAGAGAGCUAGACAAAGACAGAAAAGAACGAAACCAUGUGCAUCCUAUAUCUCUUUUUAUCUUAUAUAGAUGACUGUAUUCUCUAAUUUGCAGCCCGCCAUUUUAAAUUUGGAUCAGCUGGGGGAUAUCAAAACAUGGAAUAGGCUAUCACCAUUCAGACCCACUGAGAGGAUGCAGAGACUCCCGAGAAUUUAUAUAAUUAGAGAACUCUGUUUCUUAUGCCCCUGCCCUCCUGUUUACUAGAUUGGUUUUAAAAUAAAAAAAAAUCUGCAGGAGAAAAAACAUCUGUAAUAAUAACAUAAAACAAAGCUUUGUAUUGUACUUAAGUGUAUAGUAGACAAUUUUUGUUUAAGCUCUAAUUAUGAGCUAGUAGGUCAUUUCAUGACUAUAGCUACCCUUUAGUAUCUGUGUAGCGUAGAAUAAAAUUGGACUCUGUAAAAUAUGUAGCAAAGUAUUUUUUCAUUAAAAUAGUCAUUGUUAAACCUUAAGUCUGCACUCAUCAUAUGUAUAAAUUCAGCUCAUUAUAUGUAUCAGAGGACAUAGUGUUGUUUAUUUAUCAAGAUAUUAUUACUGAGUGAAAUGUUUCAUUUAUUCACUAGAGAAAAUCAUAAUUUUGGUUGGUUUUGAUUUUGGUCUGGUUUAUGAAACUGGAUUGACUCUUAACUCUGACAGAAAAAGAUACAAUACUGUAGUAAUGUUAAAAGUGAGCGGAAUAUCAAAGAUACAUUAUACCUGCUCCUUGCUCUUUAUACAUAAAAA